CGAUGGCAUAUGCGUCGGAUAGAGGAUUUCUUGAUACAGCAGCGAGAGCGAAUGGAACCUCCUAUAAUUCCGAGAAUAUUGGUAUGAUGAUGUCCUUGGAUCAUAGUAUGUGGUUCCAUAAACCUGCAAGAGUGGAUGAUUGGCUAUUAUUUGAUAUGGAGGGCCCUCGAUCCCGCAAUGGUCGAGGAUUGGUGUUUGGUAAAAUAUAUAACAGGGAUGGAUGUUUAGUUGCUUCAGCUGCACAAGAAGGGAUUAUUCGAUUAAGUCAAGUUGGACAAGAAAGGAUGAUGGCUAGACCCGAAGUGGAAAGUAAGCUGUAAUAUGAAGGGAAAAACAAUAGAAUAAUGUACAACAGACUCCUUUUUUUUUCGCUGGUAGAAUAAUAAAAACGUGAAAAAAAAAUGAUU